UCUCUCUCAAGCUCUCUCUCUCAUUUGUAGCUCUCCGGCCAGCUCAGACGCCGGCCACCAGCAACCCCUGCCGCCCCCGACCUCCGACGCCGGCCACCAGCAACCCAGCCACCCCCGACCUCCGACGCCGUGUAAGAGUACAAUGAGUUAUAGAAUCCCACAUGUUAUGAAGCGGAAUAAGGGCCAAGGAUCGAGAUCUAGCAAGCCUACGCACACAGAGAGCGACCCUACGCAUACAGAGGCAGGGUAUAGACCAGUAUUCGCAGAUGAUCACUCAGGAUAUUAAUACAACAUCGAAGAUAAUACAUUUGGUCAUCUACCUCAAAUGCAGCAGACAGUGAGCCAAUUAGAGGCGUGUUCCCCUGGUCACGUGGCGCGGCUGUUCGACUAUAGCAUGUCGGGUUCUCAUGAUACUGAGACACAUCUUUCAGACUAUAAUGAGACACAAGCUCCGGAGGGCCUACAUGAUGUACAGUCCGCUGAAGGCCUACAUGAUGCACAGCCUGAGGAUGAGCUUGCUACACAAGUGCUGAACGUGAAUCAGAUCCGGACGAUAAGUACUAAUCCGGAUGGCAGCACUUGUUUUGAAGUUAUGACCAUUAUGGACCCGCACAAGGCAUGGGAGAUCCCCGCGGGAAAGAGGGUCGUGAUGGAUUAUAUUCCAGGCUGGCAACCCGUAGGAUUUAGCGCCAAUAAAUUUAGACUGCAAACCGGGAAGCUAAUAAGGUGCGGAAACUAUGUGCAUUUACGGGACGAUUGGGCGCAUGUACUGGCUCGUACAAAGGAGGAUAUAUGGGAAGCCCUGAUGGUGGACUUUUACAUCCCACCAAAUUAUGAUUUACAAAAAGUAAAACGAGAUGCGUUUCGGGAUAUGGGUUUAAAGCUCAAGAAUUGGAGACACAGCACAAAAGUUAAAUUAGGCAUUCAACGGGGCGAUACUCCUGAGACGGAACGAGCAAGAGUAGGGGCAAGAAGACUCUCCAACUAUCGCCCUGAGGACGUGGAUGCGUUGUUGAAUAAAUGGUGUGACGAAGAGUAUCAGGAGUAUGCUGACCAUAUGAAGCAAUUACGAGCAUUGCAAAAUACUCCUCAUUGCACGGGGACCAAAAGUUAUGCGAGGUUGUCACACGAAGAAACUGUCAAGGAUGGCACUCCUCCUACGCGAACACAAGCGUACAUAAAAACUCACACGAAGAAGGAUGGAAGCUAUCCAAAUGAUAUAGUAAAAGAGAGAUGUGAAAGGAUGGCGAUGCUAAUGCCAACCGACUCUGCCGAAUCGCCAAGCGUAACACAAGGAACGGUACGUUGGAGACAUGACGAUGCGUAUGCCUAG